AUGGAUCCAGGGCGCCACCACCCGUCCAUGUACGACUACCAGGACGACUACCUAUUCUUGCCGGCAGCCGGAGAGCCUACCGGCGGCAGCGACAUCAUCCUCUUCCUCGCCAUCCCGGCAGGCUGGCUCAUCCGGCUGGUCGUCAUCCUCGGCGAGCGCGUCAUCUCCGCGGUACUCACCCUCGUGGUCAUCCCCGUCGCGGCGGUCGUCGGCGAGCUGCGCGCCGUCCCAGCCACCGCGUCCUCCCUCGCUCGGCGCGCCGCCUUCGGCUUGCUCGCCGCGGCGCUCACCUUCGCGGCCCUGGCCUCCGUGUUCGUCGUGUCCCUGCUGCUCGGCUUCGUCCUUGUCCGGCACUGCGUCGAGGACCCGGUGACCAUGCGCCAGCCACUCUACUUCGACUACACAGAGCCACAGCCGAGUGCCGCCGUAGCCCUCGGCAGCGCGUGGGGCGCCGCGGCGCCACUGGCCGGGGGGCACUUCGUCACGGUGUCCCUGACACUGAUCCUUCCUGACUCCGACCACAACCGUCAGAUCGGCGUCUUCCAGAUCAAAGCAGAGGCGAUCGCUCCAAGUGGAACAACCAUAGUGUCCACCACCCAGCCGUACAUGCUGAGGUACAAGAGCGCUCCGGUGCGGCUAGCGCAAUCGGCGCUAACCAUCGUGCCACUCGUCAUGGGCGUGCGCAGCGAGAGCCAGUCCGCGACACUCAAGAUGCUGCAGUACAGGGAAGGCCAUGGCCGCCACAAGAAAACAGGUCUCAUCCGAGUUUUUCUGCAGCCAAGAGCCUUGACAGUGCAUCUGCCCCAGGUGUACAGAGCAGAGAUCACCGUGCAGACGUCGCUUCCAUGGUUGAAGGCCAUGGCACGCAGCUUGAAAUGGACAAUGUGUGUAUGGGUGUCUUUCUGCAUCUAUGUCAUCCUCUCCGUUUUCGCCGUUUAUUGGGUCCGGACACUCGUGCUAUCUGCGUGGCAGUGGGACAGGAGAUUGUCUGAUCAUCAAGUCAAGGGGAAAACAACUUCUAAUCUGGGUGGGAGAGAUAAAGGUCAGAGCUCACAUGAGGAACCAUCAAGAGGUGUUGUGAAGUGGAGGGAUAGGAGAGGGAAGAGGAAAGCACAAGAAGCGUUGCAUGACCCAAUGGUUGAGCUCAAGCUCGAUGAUGGCUCAGCUUCUACUGCUGCAGCGGUCGAGACUGACGAAGUCAUCGACGGCGAUCAUGGGGAGUCUCAUACUGCUAGAUCGGCCGUGUCCGUGUCCAGAACUGUGUAUUGUCUCCUUCAUGGUUACAGAUGUUGGACAGAUGAGUAUGUAGCAGCCUGCUCAUAUUUCAGGUUGCUAGGGCAUGCAAUUUUGUGUGAGAUUGAAAAAUGGCCAUCCUGUAAACAGGCUACUGAGAAGAUCAUGUUUGGGUCACCUGCUGAAGUUCCCGACGAGGGUCCGUCGAAGAAGCGUCGUGGCAGGCCGGCUAACGUCGGCCACUUCCAGGAUGAGGUAGGGCCGGACCAGUUCCUGCGCAUCGUCUUCAAGUCCACCUUCGGGCGGCUCCUAAUCCCUCAAGAUUUCGUCAAGUGGUUCGGAGAAAUCCGUUCCAACAUCAUCGUCCGCAGCAACACUGGCUGCAACUGGAGGAUGAAUACGAUGAGAGAAGGCGAUGACGCAUUCAACGACCAGGGGCGGGCGGGCUUCGCCAUCGCCCAUCAGCUCUAG